AUGAGAAGUCCUGGUAAACCGAAUAUGAUCGCCAUCAGAAUCAGCGACAUCACCGGCGUUGGCUUUGACACCAUGGCUAUCACAAUAAUGUACAGGGUAAAUGUGAUCGAUGCCGGCAAAACCAGCGUUCCCACCAAUUCAACCGCAAUGAUGAAGUUCAUUGAGAAACAGAAUGUUCCACACAAGUCUUUCACUAGAACCAGCUCCAUUAAAUUGUGCACUGUGGAAUUGAUCCAUCUUCUUCUCUGGGACAAGAGCACGGCAAAUUUAUCAGGAACCACAGUCUUGCAAGCUGCCUUGGCAACAAACACUUGUUUCCGACGGGGGAAUGUUCGAAGCAUUAACGAUGAGAGGUAUCUAUCUUCACCAAGCAACAGAAGGUUCUUCUUGUGCAAACUGUCGAGCACAUUCUCCGAAUACUUUUCCACAAUGUCUGAAUUGGCCAAGAUUGGGACCCAGACGUUGAGGUCUUUGGGUGUUUUGAUUCUGUACAUGCAGAAGCAACCAGGAAGACACGUAACAGUACCGAAAACGGACUCAAAGGCCUUGGAUUGGUGA